UAUGUGGUCCUAUCUAUCAAGAGCUUGGUUAAUUGUAGAGUUCCGGAUGAAGAUUGUGGAUGGAUGAUAGGAUUUAUAUAUGUUCGGGUGAGAAACACAAAUAAAUAAAAAAAGAGAAAAAAAAAACAGGUUGGAAGGAGGAGGCUAUUUCUUGUACAGGCCGGCUGCAGAGAUUGGGAAUAACAAGCUUUGGGUAUUGUCUUGUUCAAGGUGAGAGGCAUUGGGAUGAUAAGAUCUUGUUCUUGUCUACUUUUUGGCAUGUCCUUUUUGGCUCUAUUCAGUUGAACAAGAAGCUUAAUUUGGCUUGGAGUGAAAGAUAUCCUCUCUCUCUUGGGUGUGAAGUUAAGGCCACUGAUGAACCAUGGUGACCUUAGAGAAGAUGUCCUGCCCAAUGUUAUUAAAACUGGACUGAAUAAGGGUCUGUUUUGACCAAAACCAUGCCAAACCAAACUGUCAUUAAUAACAGUGAUGUGUAUUGUCUUUGUGAAAAAUCAGAUGAAAUCAAAACCAAAAACUUUACCAAACAACAGUGUAACCAAAUACAUAGUCCAAACUGAAGAUUCUGAUUCACAAGGAUUAGUCUGAGUUAGCAAGGCAGAGAACUGUUUCGCAAGGCCACAGCGCUAGCUAGGCUGGCAAGCCAAUCUGGUUGAAAGCUAGGGGAUUACUAGACAAAACUCGUGAGUUACAGCCAUGGCCUGCAACCCAAUCACUCUUCCUCUAUAAAUACCAACACCAUUUAUGCUAAAAGCCCAACCCAAAAAAUCCACAGAUCUCUUCUUACAAAAUAUCAAUGGCUCUCACCACCAAGUUCAUAUUGUGCAUGACAAUGGCCAUGGCCGGCGCUCUCAUGGUGAAAGCCAGUGACCCUGAUAUCCUUUCUGAUUUCAUCCUCCCCCGAAACACCAACUCAGUAGAUGCUAACUUUUUCACAUUCACCGGCUUAAGAAGCCUUGAGAAUGAAUCUGAUCCAAUCACUCUCAGAGUUACAAAGGUGAGCAAGGCUGAGUUUCCCGCUUUAGAUGGACAAAGUGUUUCCUUUGCGUUACUUGAAUAUGCAAAUGGAGGAAUCAACCCCCUCCACACCCAUCCCCGAUCAGCUGAGCUCUUGUUCUUGGUUUAUGGCUCUUUGGAAGUUGGCUUUGUUGAUACCACUAAUAAGCUCUAUACACAAAAGCUUCAAAUAGGGGACAUGUUUAUUUUUCCAAAAGGUUUGGUUCACUACCAAUAUAACUCGGAUACGCAGAACCUAGCUAUUGCUUUGUCAGCAUUUGGGAGUGCAAGUGCUGGAACUGUUUCAGUUCCAAGCACCCUCUUCACGACUGGUAUAAGUGAUGAUGUACUAGCCAAGUCUUUUAAAACAGAUGUCCAAACCAUUCAAAAACUCAAGGCUGGGCUUGCUUCUUAGAGAUCUGAGUCCUUUGAUUCUUGUUGUGAGUGAAUCUAGGGUUUGUGUAUUG